AUGCAGGACACAAAUCACUUCCCAGAUGUCGAACAGCAACCCCCACCGGGCAACAAUGAGCAGAGUCAGAGCCAGAUCCACAGACGCAGAAAGGCCUUGAAAAACCACUUGCUCGCCGCGUCCAGCGAGUUCGUGGGAACUGUUCUGUUCCUGUGGUUUGCGUUUGCCGGCACGCAAGUGGCUGCGAUGAACAGCGACAAUGAUACCUUAAGCCCUCAAAGCCUCCUCUAUAUAUCGCUGAGCUUCGGUAUGUCACUCCUUGUGGUCGCCUGGGCUUUCUAUCGAAUUUCUGGCGGGCUCUUCAACCCCGCGGUGACAGUGGGUCUGACUCUGUCCGGCGCGAUGCCAUGGCUGCGGGGCGUUUUCCUGCUUCCUGCGCAGAUCCUAGGGGGCAUCGUGGCCGCUGCACUGGUGUCAUGCAUGUUCCCCGGCCCUAUCUCCGUUUUCCAGACGCGGUUAAAUGCCAGCACCUCAAUCACCCGCGGACUCUUCAUCGAGAUGUUCCUGACGACCCUGCUUGUUUUUACCAUCUUGAUGCUUGCCGCAGAGAAGCAUAAUGCCACUUUUAUGGCCCCAGUGGGAAUUGGAUUAGCCUUGUUCGUCGCCGAGCUGGCCGGAGUCUACUUUACCGGCGGCUCUUUGAAUCCGGCAAGAUCGUUUGGACCUGAUGUGGCAGCCGCCAGCUUUCCAGGCUACCACUAUAUCUACUGGAUCGGGCCUCUCAUGGGUGCACUCCUGGCGGCGGGCUAUUAUCGCUUUGUAAAAGCUUUUAAUUAUCCAGAGGCAAAUCCUGGUCAGGAUGCAACAGAUCCAAAAGACGAGUAG